UUAUGUGUGUAUGCUUGUUAUGCUUUUUUGAUUAUGUUGUUCUCAGUCCACUGUCACAUACUUUACACCCUCCUAACUACAUACUUUAUAAACAUACCAUAUCGCAGCAUGAAAGGUGCCAUACAUUCUGUUCUGUUUCUGCUUAGGAAUUUCCUCAUUUGGCUUUAAUGUAAUGAGAUUAAAGCAAAAGAAAAUGGAAAUAGAGACAAAAACGGAAAUCUUGAGAAAGUGAACCCAGCAGAAGUUAAAUAAUAAAUUUGCCUUUGCUGGGUAAAUAAAGAACUGUUUUGUCAAUAACUACAAAUUUAUACCAGUGGAAUACCAGCAAAAUGACAUCAUCGCAAUUUGGCCACCACCUCAAUGGGGCAAUAUCUUUGUAAACUUCACCGGUUUUAUUUCACUGAUGCUUUUAUCCAAACUUACAAGAAUGCUUUCAACCGUGUGGAUAUGAAGGGAAAGUUGCAAGAAUCAAGCAAGUGCAGCAACAUCAUCAAAUAAGCUGAACUGCUUAAAGCGCUACGUUUUGAAACAACACAAGCUAAAUAGGAAAAACCCCAAAACCUCCCAAGGGGCUUCCUGCAAUCAUGUCUAGCAUUUUGAUCUGCUCUUUGAGGUUUAGAUGUGGGUAAAAAAGGAGCGCACAGCCGUGCCAGCGGCUCUGAGAGGUUGUCCCUUGGGGACAGCAUCGCACUGAGCUAAAUGUUAAUGUCAGCAUGCUUGCACUUCCACGACAGUGUUAGUUACUAGCAUAAUGUUUGCUAUGUUAACUAUCUUAGUUUAGCUUAUUAGUGUGCUAACAUUUGUUAAUUAGCACUAAACACAAAGUAAACAGCUGAGGUUGAUGGGAAUGUCAGUAGGAUUAGUUGUACUUAGACACUGCUUGCGGCGUGUUUAGUUUUAACUUAGUUUUACAGGCAUUUUGUCGGCCAAAGUACUGAAAGAAACAAAAUUUUGACGUGAUUGUGUACCACAAAUGUCUGUAGGCUACAAAAUUUUGCGCCAAUCUGUUUAUUAGAUGUCAAUAUAUUUCGCUUAAUGGGAAAAAAUAAAAACUUCAUGGUGCAUCUUCAACAAGAAAAGUCAUGGGAUCUCAAAGACAAUAGGAUUCAUCCUCUGGCCGUCACAAAUGUUUGUACAAAAUUUCACGGCAUUGCACCCAGUAAUUGUUGAGAUGUUAAAGUCUGGACCAAAGUGGUGGUCUGACAACUACAAAUGCCAUUUUUAUUAAGUUUCAUUUUCCUUCCCAGGCAAUAUUUGAGCAGUAUAAACAUUUAAACUCCUGCCUGCAGUUCAUCCUCCUCCUGUGUCGUGCAAGUCCAAAGCUCCGUGCUCUAACUGCUGGCCUCUGGUAUACAAUGAAUCUGCGAGAGACAAAUGGACAGAGCGUGAUUAGGCAGUAAGAUAGAUGGGGUUAACUAUUAAUAGCCUCCACUAACAAAGGAGAAAGAGAGAGAGGGACAAUUGGGGGUGCAGAUAAAUAGAGGGACACCAAAUUGUUGGCCUCAUCUCUGAUUUUUCCAUCCUGCCACUGCUGUUGCCACAUCUUUCUCCUGCUUCAUACAUUGUAAGAUCUCAUCAGCAGGAUGCCUGAGCAUGUGCCAGAGAGGAAACCAAAGAUCUCAGCUUCGAGAAAGCUGAUGCUCAAGAGUCUGAUGGUGGCGAAGGCCAAGGAGGAAUUGGAACAGGAGAUCUUGGUUAAAGAAGAGGAGAAACAGAAAUAUCUGUCUGAGAGAGCUCCUCCUCUCAACACCAGUGGCCUGAGCCUUGAGCAGCUACAGGACCUCUGCAGAGAGCUCCAUAUCAAGAUAGACGUGGUGGAUGAGGAGAGAUAUGACAUUGAAGCCAAAGUCAUGCUCAAUACACGUGAGAUUAAAGACCUGAACAUCAAGGUGUUGGACCUCAGGGGGAAAUUCAAGAGGCCUAACCUUCGACGUGUUCGUGUAUCUGCUGACGCGAUCCUUCGCUCUCUGCUGGGCUCCAAACACAAAGUCUCCAUGGACCUCCGGGCCAACCUCAAGUCAGUCAAGAAAGAGGACACUGAGAAGAGGCCAGUUGAGGACAGUGACUGGAGGAAGAAUGUGGAGGCCAUGUCUGGGAUGGAGGGAAGGAAGAAGAUGUUCGAUGCUGCGAAGGGUCCUGCCCAGUGAACCCAGAAGAUUUCAGUCUAAUGCUGUCAUUCUCACGAACGCUCCUGAAAUGACUCCCAAAAAGUUUUUCUCCACUUUCCUUAACAACCCAUCUGUUUGCUGUUUGUUGACAUGGUGUUAAAUGUUACUUUAUCUCUGUGUGAUGUAUUAUUAUUUGCAUUGUUCUCAUUACUGACAUUUGCCCAACAAUGUCAAAAAUGCAACUUGUAUCUCUGAAAGAUAAAUGUGGAUAGUAGCUUAAUCAGCAGGUCAGAUGAUAUUAUAGCUAACAGUGAUGUGACCUGGUCGAAUUAAACUGCACACACUGUAAGCAUGAUUUCUUCUUUUUGUGUGCACUUCAUCAGCUAACAGAUUUAUAUGAAAACUGACAAUAAAACACACAAAAUGUGUCUAAUUUAA